UGCCCCGGAAACGGAAGAGAGUGGAGAGCGGAAGCGGCUGUUGUUGGACUUGACCUUGUUUUCCGGUUGAUCCGCCGGGUUUUUUUUCGUGCCCCCCUCUCCCAGCUCCCCCCUCCCUUGCGAGGAUGAUGGUCUUGUCCUCGCGCGGGCGGGGGCGGGGCCUCUGGCUGGCCUGGGUGCUCGCAAGUCUCCUUUCAGUAGCUGAAAUGGAAGAAACCACUGACUCGCCAUCUGAAAAGUUAAGUGAAACUGCUGUACCAUUCGCUGUGAAAAGCAGUUCUGUACCUGCAAACAGCGAUGGGCCUAAAGAAUCGGUACAGUACAGGACUGCAGAAAUAGCUGAUGCUAUGAUGGGUAGCAGCAUACCUGCAGCUGAGCCUGUAGUUCUGUCAGUUGUUCCAGGUGAGUCCAAGGAGAGACAGGUCUUGGAGCAUGACACCGGCACCUGUGAUGCAGCCGUUGAUGGUGAAUGCAGUACGCAGGGUAUUGUUUCAUUUUUAUCUCAACCUGGGUCUCCUAUACAAGAACAAGUAAUAGAUUCACCUGUAGUUCUGGAAGCAGUGCAUCCUUCAUCAGGAGAGGACUCUAAUAGCACAGAUGGUAUGAAAACCCCAAAAGUGAAUUGUGAGGAAAGAAACAUUACAGGGAUAACAAACUUCACAUUACAAAUCUUGAAUAUUUCACAAGAUUUAAUGGAGUUCUUAAAUCCAAAUGGCAGUGACUGUACCUUAGUCCUGUUUUAUACUCCUUGGUGCCGUUUCUCUGCCAAUCUGGCUCCUCAUUUUAAUUCUUUGCCCCGAGCAUUCCCAACUCUUCAUUUCUUGGCAUUGGAUGCCUCUCAGCACAGCAGUUUAUCAACCAGGUUUGGAACUGUAGCUGUUCCCAACAUCCUUCUUUUUCAAGGAGCUAAGCCAAUGGCAAGAUUUAACCAUACAGAUAGAACCCUGGAAACACUGAAAUCUUUCAUUUUUAAUCAGACAGGAAUAGAGCCCAAGUCUGAUGUGGUGGUAACUGAGGAAGAUCAGGACGGUCCCCUGCCUAGCACACUGACUAGAGGCAUAGACUGGCUUCUCUUAUUUUCUUUACUGUUCCUCAUCAGCUUUAUCAUGUAUGCCACUGUCCGGACAGAGAGCAUCCGGUGGUUAAUACCUGGUCAAGAUCAGGAACAUCAGGAAUGAUAUGUGAACUGAGAACUUUGUUUUCAGAACAAGCUAAACAACAUUAAAUUAAAUGGUGGAUCGA